UACCGAGAUGGCAAUGAACUACAAGAAGGAGCUCCAGGCUAUUGAGCCCAAUGUUGAGUUCAUGAUGACGCUUUACCUCACUGCUGACCUCACUGUCGAGGAGGUCAAGAAGGCUGCAGCGGCGGGUGUUAGUGGUGUCAAGGUCUACCCUGCCGGUGUUACGACCAACUCCUCUGCUGGAGUGUCGACGUACGAGCCCUUUUACCCAAUCUUUGCUGCUAUGGAGGAGGUUAACAUGGUCUUGAACUUGCACGGCGAGGUCCCUCCCUCCCCAACCAACUCUGUCUUGACCGCUGAGCACGACUUCCUCCCCACCCUCAUCGACCUCGCAAAACGCUUCCCCAAGCUCCGUAUUGUGCUUGAGCACUGCACCACCAAAGACGCCAUCGAGACUGUGAAGAACUGUGGUCCGAACGUUGCUGGAUCAAUCACCGCACACCACCUCCACAUCACCAUCGACUCCUGGGCCGAUAACCCCUUCUGUUACUGCAAGCCCGUCGCCAAAACUCCCGAAGACCGUGCCGCACUUAUUGAAGCCGCAGUCUCCGGUGAUCCCAGGUUCUUCCUGGGCUCUGAUUCCGCACCUCACCCCAGGGAGAAGAAGAGCGGUGCGGCACGUAUUGCUGCUGGUGUCUUUACACAGUCAAGGUUGUUGUCGUACGCUGCGGAGAUCUUCGAUAAGCAGGGUAAGAUGGACAAGUUUGAGGACUUUGUCUCCAACUUUGGCAGGAAGUUCUACCAGGUCGAGGGGUUGGGUGUCGGCACUGAGAAGGUCAAGCUGACCAAGAAGCCGAUUAAGGUUGAGAGCGAGGUUUGGGAUGGAGAGCUUGUUGUUGUGCCUUUCAUGGCGACGGAGGAGUUGCAGUGGGACAUUGAAUGGGUCAAAGCUUAGAUGUAAUCCAAGAAUACGGCG